GUGCGCAGAAUUGUUACCCCCACCACUAAUUUUAGGAAGUAGAAUCUUAGGUGACUCAUAUCCGGCAUCUGCCUGGGUCGUUCUUUCUGUCCCUGGUAGCAGCGCGGAAAUCUUUGCUGCUUUCAGUUAAAGAAAAAAAAAAAGUUUCAACGACUACACACCAUAUACAUUCUCUUCUGGGACUAAAGCAGUUACAACUAUUCAACAUGAUACGAACCAGGAGUACUAUUCUUGGAAUAAUAAGAAUUGGGACUUACGGAUCUAUGUCUGGUGGUUAUCGUAGCAAUGGCGCCAGCCAUCGCGGAGGAGUAAGCCAAAGAAAUGGGUAUGGCAGUAGUAAUACAAACAAUAGAUUUGGAAGUCGUAAUGGCGGUACUGGUGGAAAUAGUGGAGGAGGUCUUGCUAGUCGCGGUCAACGUAAUGCCAAUGUAGCUGGUACUAAUUUGAGAAAACCUAAUUGGGAUUAUGAAAAUUUGAAACCAUUUAAAAAAGAUUUUUAUGUACCACACCCGAAUGUACAAUCGCGUCAUCCUCGUGAAGUCGAUUCGUUUAGAGAAGAAAACAAAAUUACUCUUAAGGGAGAGAAAAUACCCAAUCCAAUUCAAUUUUUUGAAGAAGGAAACUUUCCAGAAUACGUUAUGCAGGCUAUUAGAAAGCAAGGUUUUACAGAACCAACUGCCAUACAAGCUCAAGGCUGGCCAAUUGCUAUGUCUGGACUUAAUAUGGUUGGAAUUGCACAAACUGGAUCUGGAAAAACUUUAGGAUACAUAUUACCUGCUAUUGUACACAUUAAUAGUCAGCAGCCUUUGAAUAGGGGAGAUGGUCCUAUUGCUCUCGUCUUAGCUCCGACUCGAGAACUUGCUCAACAAAUACAAAGCGUUGUUAAUGAUUUUGGAUCAUUGUCUUAUGUAAGGAAUACUUGUAUUUUUGGCGGCGCACCAAAAGGCAGCCAAGCACGUGAUCUUGAACGUGGAGUUGAGAUUUGCAUAGCAACACCAGGACGUCUUAUCGAUUUCUUAGAACGUGGUACGACUAAUUUACGCAGGUGUACAUAUCUGGUAUUGGACGAAGCCGAUCGUAUGUUAGAUAUGGGUUUCGAACCGCAAAUUAGAAAAAUCAUAGAACAAAUCAGACCAGAUAGACAAGUACUCAUGUGGUCAGCUACUUGGCCGAAAGAAGUAAGAAAUUUAGCUGAAGAAUAUCUAACAGACUAUACUCAAUUAAAUAUUGGAUCUUUAACUUUGGCGGCUAAUCACAACAUCUUACAAAUAGUCGAUGUUUGUCAAGAACAUGAAAAAGAAUCAAAAUUGGGAACUCUAUUACAAGAAAUUGGCAAUGUUAAUGAUGACGGUGGAAAGACUAUCAUCUUUGUAGAAACUAAAAAGAAAGUUGAAAAUAUCACUAGGAAUAUUAGGAGGUACGGUUGGCCUGCAGUGUGCAUGCAUGGUGAUAAGUCGCAACAAGAAAGAGAUUAUGUUUUAAGAGAAUUCAGGAACAAGAAAGGUUCUAUUCUUGUAGCAACGGAUGUUGCUGCACGUGGAUUGGAUGUUGACGAUGUAAAAUAUGUGAUCAACUUCGAUUACCCAUCAUCGUCUGAAGACUAUAUACACAGAAUUGGACGAACAGGACGUUCACAAAGCACAGGAACAAGCUACGCAUUCUUCACACCACAAAAUAGCAGACAAGCUAAAGACUUGAUAAAUGUACUUCAAGAGGCUAAUCAAAUCAUCAACCCCAAAUUAUCCGAAUUGGCUACGAGAACUGGUGGUGGUGGCUACAACCGCAAUCGUUGGGGAUAUCAAGCACGUGGUAGGGAAAACACAUUCUCCGGAGCACACAAACGUUUCGACAGUGCGAGAAAUAAUUAUAACAGUUGAUUGGACACGAUAUCUAUUUUCAUACGCGGUACUGAACUAGUUUUACAUACAAUUAAAACCUAAUUUUAAUUUCAUUAGAAAAAGGAAGCUUCGUAUAACUUAUCUGUUAACACAACAUCAAAGGGUUUGCGGAACAUUAUUAUUAAUUUUUUUUUUCAUCUGGCCAAAUUGUCUUCCUCCGUUUUGUCAUAAAUAUUUAUGAUCGA